AGAUGAGCCAUGUUGUUACCCCAGGAGAGCCCAUACACGUGCACUUACCCCUCACUGACCAGGUGGAGGUGAGUUUUACUGCCAGUGAUGCUGCACAACCAUCAAACCUGCAGAUCUGCACUAUGAAGAAAGAGAAGUUGGAAUGCAAGCCAGACUAUCAAGCAACAGUGUCUCGUCUCAACAUUCUUCAGAUUAGAAUUGUAAAUGUCUCUCACAGUGGGACGUACACAGUACGGGAUUUGGCGAAGAAUCAGACAAUAGCCAUUGUAACAGUUGAGGUCAGAGGUUCUGUAACAGACAAGCUUCAUCACCCGGUGACUCUCUCCAGUGAAUUGGAUCUCAGAAUUAACAAGGAGACAUGUAUACCUGUGUGGGCAAUUCCAGUGACAGUGGUUAUUCUGCUCAUCAUAAUGGGAUCAUUAUUCAUUUAUCAGUGUAGAAAAAAUCAGCAGCCCUGUGCAGAAUCAGCAUCCAACAGACCCCAGCAGUUCAGAAUGAUUGAAAGUAACAAUGAACGCCAGCAGAGCCGAGUGACUGAAAAUACCAGCCACAAUCCAGGAGAUGAGGGAAUGUCAGAAGAGACUGCUCUCAAUGAAGAGCAACAGUGAAAGCUGAAAAUUGGUAUAUAUGUAGUUUCUUCUGCUAUUUGGGUUAAAAAUACAUAAGGAAAAGAAUGAACAGCCCUGUGUAAGAGAGAUGAAAACAGAGAUUAAAUAUGUAACUUAUUAAUAAUUACCAAUAAAAAAAAUCUGAGUAAUGUGACUAACAUACCUCCUCCAUGUUCUCUACCUCAAGAGCAUUUGCUAAAGAGGAAAUGUAAAGUCUUCCUGUAAUGAACACAGUAAUAGUAAGGGCAGUAAUUACUAAUACAUGACUACUAAACUCUCUUGUAUAUAAUGCCACCACGCUGAUUUGAGGUCCCUCUGUAAACAUAGAUUAAUACAAAGCACAGCACAACUAAUUAAGUUCAUACUAUAAAUGUGCCUAACAAAAAGAUCAAAAUUUACUUUUUUAUAUUGUCUCUUAGCUUGACAGCACUAAUACAGAAAUAAAGGGGUUAUAAUUGUAAUGUUAAUAAAAUUAUA